AUGGCUGACGAUGGUGUGCGCAGUAGCGUCUAUUCAGCUCCCACACCUAUGAGACCUUUCACGGAUGGUGGCAAUAUACUUCCUGCAGAAACUUUGAGCAAUCGUAAGCGUCGCGUUGAUGUACUUGGUGGCCUCUCACCCUCUGUCUCCCGUGUACCUUCAAGUUUACUUAACGUUUCAAGAUUACGAGCAGCUUCGAAGUCACCGUCGGUACUUCAGAUGUUUGCGGCUGAAAACUUUGGCUCUAGAAGUGGCAGCAAUUUUGCUUCUGCGUCGUCAAUAUCCGCGUUGUCGUCAUCGUGGAGCGGCCGCAACGCGCGAGAUCCAGAACAGGAGCCCGAAUUCAAUAAUAUUGGCGGUCAUCUCAAUAUUAUUGGGCAGCCAAAUAAGCGCUCAAGAGUGACAUGUUAUACGCUGCCAGGGACAAUUAAAAUGAAUCAAGUGACAUACGACAGCACGCAAUCGGAAAGAGUUCCGAGAGUUGCUGAUCACAGAGAGGAGCAAUUUGAAGUCAUGAAAGAGAAUUCGCAAAAUUUGUUGGAGGCGAUGAGUAUUUCACAACAGAAUACGCAAGAGUGCACGCAGACACAGGAAGAUAGUCCCUCGUUGUGUCUUAUGCGGCUCGUGCUACACCCAGAAGUUGAUAAAGCUGUGACAGCAUUUCAAAAGAAUGCACUGGAAAAAAGUGGAUUGUACCGAAUAGAGAUGCAGAUGCUCACACCAAGAGUAUCACUUGGAAGAGAUAAUUUCGUCGGUAUAUUUGAUAAGAAGAAUUCUGGGGUUGACCCCGUCAAAUUAAGCAGAGUUCAUUGUGUUAUUGAGACUGCACUCGACCCAGAAACGCACAAACACGCGGUCUUUAUCACCGAUAAAAGUACGAAUGGGAUCAGAAUUGAUGGAGUGCAAGUGCUCAAAAACAAAAAAUAUAAGCUGAGUAAUAGACAGAAGAUCACGCUAUUGUCGUCACGUCAAGGGAAUGUACUACUUGGAUAUGUUGUGGAAGACCCACAUGAACGAGACUCACUGGAGAGAUCCAAGGGCAAUCAAAACACGAAUUUGGCUGACUCGCAAGAUAAAUCGCAGCAGGAACCAAAUAUUCAGGAGUACACGCUAGGUGUUUUGUUUUCGGCCCCAAUAGUGGGGAAAGACAUACAUGGCAAGUACCAUCCUAUUGCAGAGCUUGAUGUCAAACGAGAGUACUCAAUACUGCAGAAGAGCUUAACAGAAGCGUCCAAGUUUGCAAAGCGUCCUGCUGCAGCUAAUGAUAACGGUCUCGGCACAUCAUCUAGGGUAUACCAGUGCCCCAGACAAAUUAGUGUGGUAGCUAAGUUUGCAAACACCAACACGUUUCGAGCAAUGGUGACGCUUGGUUGUCGAGCACUUCAUUUUUCAGGGCAUGGUGACGAGAAUCAUCUUUAUUUUGAAGAUGGUAUGGGAUUGGUGCAUCCGAUACCGCAUCAAGGACUUCAAGAACUUUUUUCUGCAGGUGAUGGGGGAGAGUCUACACUGCGUCUGGUGUUUGUAUCCGCGUGUUCGUCUGCUCCGCUGGCGCAUGCGUUCGUGGCUUGUGGUAUUCCACAUGUCAUUGGAGUACGUACAAACCAAAAGAUUGAAGAUUAUGCAGCAAUUGAAUUCACGCGCGCAUUCUACUUGGCACUUGCGACUGGUAAGCAGGUGGGGGCAAGCUUUACUAUAGCUCAACAAUCGGUGGCAAAAUCUCCGAAUAUUCGAGGACCAAUGGCAGUUGCUGAAAAGUUCAUGUUGCUUCCUGAAGAUGGAGAUCACUCCGAGAUUAUCUUUCCACUAGCAGCAGUCGAAUCUUCACAAACUAUUAACCUUGAGCCAAUGAAGAAAAAACGAUACCCGAAGCUUUGGUUUGAUGACUUGCCAGCAAUGUGUCAAGGGUUUUGCAACCGGUCCGUCGAAGUUUACAAAAUUUGUCUGGCGCUUUUGAUGACGCAGUCUCGUAUCACUCGCCUCGUUACUAUUUGCGGCGAGGAAGGCAUUGGCAAGACAUCUGUGGCUCAUGCGGUUGCAAAUUACGUAGGACCGCGUUUUACUUCGGAAGGUGGAGUUCGCAUCUUUCAUGUUGCAAAGUUAGCUCAAGACGUGAUGGAUGACCACGUGGGCGUGAUGCGACGAAACAUCAAUAUUGCGAAUGGCCGAUGUCGCGUUAUUAGUCGGUUAGAGACGAUGGUUUCGAAUCAUCUUAAACAACAUAAAGCCCGAAUUGAAUUUAACGGUCAGCAAAUGCUAAUGGUCAUGGACGGGUGCGAUUAUCUCCUACGUAAUGACUCCCGGCGGGACCGUUUUCGUGCUUUUUUGUCUGACAUUCUGACAAAUAAUGCGUUUUUGAAAAUUGUUUUAACUGCACGAACUUCUAUCUGUGCAGACGGUGCUGUUCGUGGACACGGUGAACGAUUAUACACGCUGUCGAAGUUUGACAUGAAAAGUGCGACAUUGAUGCUGGUGAGUUUAAUGAGUCGACCUAUUCGUGUUGAAGAAUUGAAGCACGCAUGUGCUCCGACGUCGAUAGACAAGCUUGAACUUAUUGCGUCGCACCCGGCACUUCGAGCUACAAAUGGAAUUCCAAAGCGCAUUGCCGAUCUAGCGGGUAGGCUAAACGAAAUGACUAUGGACAAGAUUCCGAUUGAUGAAAGCGAAAUAAAUUAA